UGUUGCGUUCACGUCUCGGAUCAGGCAGGAGCAGAUUCCCUUUCAGUUUUUCUUCCAAAACUUGACUUUUUUCAGGGAUUUUACUGGAUUCCCUUUGACUUUUCGCUGCGGGCGUGUUCUCCGAGGCCUCCGCGAUCUGAUGGAGCUGAGCUGGUCUCUGUUUUUUCACUGUCUCGUCUUCGUCUGCUCCUCGGCUCAAAAUGAUUUCUUCACCUCCGUCGGUCAGAUGACAGAGCUGCUGUUUGUGGAGAAAGACCUGGUUUUGUCUCUGAAGGAUUACAUCAGAGCGGAGGAGGAGAAACUCAACAAAAUCAAACUAUGGGCGGAUCGUCUGCAGGCGCUGUCCUCCGCCGCGACCUUUGACCCUGAGCUGUUUCUGGGGAACCCGGUGAACGCCUUCAAACUCAUCAAGAGACUCAACACCGAGUGGAGCCAGCUGGAGGCGCUAGUGCUCACCGACAUGAGCGACGGUUUCAUUACAAACCUGACGAUCCAGAGACAGUUUUUCCCGACGGACGAGGAUCAAACCGGAGCCGCCAACGCCCUGAUCCGACUCCAGGACACGUACAAACUCGACACGGAAACCAUAGCAACAGGGAGACUGACAGGCACCUCCUCCUUGACCUCUGACCCCUCCCUGACCUCUGACCCCUCCCUGUCCCCUGGUCUCUCGGCUGAGGACUGCUUCGACCUGGGCAGAGUGGCCUACACCGAGGCGGACUAUCUCCACACGACGCUGUGGAUGGAACAGGCCCUGAAACAGCUGCAGACCGAGGCCCAGACCGGGACAGAGACCGAGACCAAGACCGGGUCUGUGGACGCGCAGACCAUCCUGGACUACCUCAGCUACUCUUUGUACCAGCAGGGGGCGCUAGAGAAGGCACUGCACUACACCAAAAGACUACUGCAGCUCGAUCCUUCUCAUCAGCGAGCGAAGGGGAACCUGAAGUACUUUGAGUACCAGCUCUCCAAACGCCACCAACAGACAGGAGCAGAGGCGACAGGUGCAGAGGCGACAGGUGCAGACAAGGAGCACUCCGACGACUACCUGCCCGAGAGGAAGGCCUACGAGACACUGUGCAGAGGAGAGGGCAUCCGGAUGACUCCUCGGAGACAGAGCCGCCUCUUCUGCCGUUACCAUGACAACAACGGCCAUCCGAGCCUCCUGAUUGGUCCGGUCAAAGAGGAGGAGGAGUGGGACCGCCCCCUGAUCCUGCGUUACCACGACGUCGUCUCAGAGCGCGAGAUGGAACGAGUCAAAGAGCUCGCCACGCCGCGACUGAAACGAGCCACAGUCCACGACCCCCAGACGGGAAAACUCACCACCGCCCACUACAGGGUCUCCAAGAGUGCGUGGUUGGGGUCUUUUGAACACCCGGUGGUGGAUCAGAUAAACUGGAGGAUUGAGGCGGUGACGGGACUCGACGUUUCCACAGCCGAAGAUCUGCAGGUGGCGAACUACGGCGUUGGGGGACAAUAUGAACCACACUUUGAUUUUGGACGAAAGGAUGAGCCGGAUGCGUUUGAGGAGUUGGGGACGGGGAAUCGUAUCGCCACGUGGCUUCUCUAUAUGAGUGAUGUGCAGGCAGGGGGCGCCACAGUCUUCACAGACAUCGGAGCGUCCAUUAAACCAAAGAAGGGCUCUGCGGUGUUCUGGUAUAACCUGUACCCCAGUGGAGAGGGAGACUACCGCACUCGUCACGCCGCGUGUCCAGUGCUGCUCGGGAACAAGUGGGUUUCUAAUAAAUGGAUUCACGAGCGCGGACAAGAGUUCAGACGCCGCUGUGGACUCAGAGAGACUGACUGACCUCCUCCUCUUCCUCUGCUCCUCCUCUUCCUCUGCUCCCUCCAAACACAGACACUUAAAAUCAUUCACUCCUCCCCGUGUUACUGUGGCAGAGUGGUUAACCUGGACUAAGCAAGCACUGAACCCGGUCUGAACCCGGUCUAAACCAGCUCUUAAACCAGGUCUAAACCCAAACCUCUCUAUUUAAAUUUACAGAACAAAACUGAUUUAUAAAACACAUUUUCAAACACUCCACGUUACAUUUCUUGUGCCUUUAAGUCUCCACAAAACGACUCCUGUUUUUUGUUUUAAAAAGAUCAAUAUUUUAUUUUAUUUAUUCUGUUUGUCCAUGACUGAAUCUGAAGGUGUUUUUUGAACCUGAAUGUUUUGAAUGUUGCUGCAGAACUCAAUGCAAAAAUAUAAAACGCACUCCUUUAGUUUGUUAAAAUAAUGUGAAAUCUGACUGAAUAAAAACUCUUUUCAGUGA